AUGAUGAUCCCACGUGUGAAUCUCCAAAUAGACAAUGUUGAUGGCUCAAACCAAAAUAAUGUUAUUGGAACUUCAAGAAAAUUACGAUGUGAAAUCAGAAAUGAGAAUAGUGAUAAUGACACCGAAGAAAAUAUCCCCGAAUACAGGCUGAUCAGUUUGGCUGCCUAUCCAAUUAUGCUGUCUCAAAUAUUCAACACAUGUGUGAGGAAGGUAAUAAUUUGCCCUUUGUGUUUUAUAUCUUAUCCUUCAAAACUGGUUUAAUAUAACAUAUGGUUUAAAUUGUACUCCUGCAAACCCCUUUUAUAUCUAUUCUGCAACAAAAGUUGUAUAUAUUUGUUGUGUAACAUGUAAACAGUAAACAGCAAUAUACAGUACAUACAGUACCGCUCAGAAUUAACCUAACAAAAACCGCGGUUUAACCUCGGUUGAACCUCGGUUUGACCGCGGUGUGACCGCGGUGAUUUAAAGGUUUGACCGAGGUUAUACCGCGGUAAUUUUGAGGUUAAACCGCGGUGACCGUGAGGUUUAACCGAGGUUUGAACGCAACCGAACCGAACCGAUCCGCAAGCUUCGUAUAUACUCGUAAUAGCAUUCGUAAAUAUUCGUGUAUUUCCGAAGGGGUCAUUAUAAAAAUUUCGUAUGUGCUUUAUAAAUAUUGACAUACUUUGUAAACAUUGAGGCAUGGGGAGGCUGUCGCUUUAUGCCAGGGAGCGAAUUGUCUAUACUUUCGACAAAUACUUCAGUUGUUGGAAUAACUAAGAGUUUAAACGAAUGGUAAAGGCAAAUAUGUAGGUCUCUUCUUGUUUAUUACAGUUUAAAUAGAUGUUUUAGAAUAAGUAAGAAUUUGUCGUGCGCAUCAACUUAAAUUAACUUAACUCUUUAAUAUACACAAUAUACUGUCGCGAGUAAGAGUACAUCCACUCGCGCGUAGCGAGUACUCGUUCUGACUCGCUACUCGCGAGUACUUGCAUUUCAUCUCACUCGCAAGCACUCGCCACUCGCAACUUGCGAGUGCUUGCGAGUCAAAAGGCUCAGACAAUUUGUACAAAUAUGAAGCGAAUAAUUCAGCUAAAUGAAAUAAAACUCCAUAGUUAUAUGAAACAUAGUAUGAUAGAUAUUAACGUGUUUAUAAACGACUGCCACAUGGUGGGAAAUAUUUUCUUCGAACACAGUUCGUAAAUGGUCGGACAGUCUUAGAAGCGUUAGCUAUAACUGAGUCUAUAUCAAUCAAAACAAAGCUUUAAAAGCGAAACCGCAAUAAAAAAUGUAAAAAUGACACCAAAAUGCGAAUGAUUGGACGAACAAAUGCCAUAUUUAAAUUUGGGACUAUAUAUUCAAAUAUGGUCCGGUUGUAAGAAUUGGCAUUGAGUUCACUGACGCUGUUUAACAAUAUAAAUAUCGAGUACUCGUCGACGUUGUCUUGUAGUUGCAGUAAGAUUCGAGAAUCAAAUUAGGAGUAAAAACGUAAUACUGUAAAGUGCAAAGUGACAAAAUAUAACUUACAUUGUAUAUACUGCUAGCAUCUGUCUUGAAUCAGGAACCAUUACAAACUCACAGUUUCUCGCUCGUUAUAGCCGUCAAGCGACUUGAUGCGCUGAAUCCAAUUGAAGAUAAUAUAGAUCGAACCCCAUGGAACAACGUAACACGAACAUACUUUAUUUAAAGCAAAAAAAUUCAAUUAUACUAGUAUCAUAUAAUCGACAAAUCCUGCCUAUACUAAUACAAGUAUAGAUUGUUUUGGCAGAUCUCAUGCAUGUAUGGUCAUUAUGAUAUUAAAGAAAGACAUCAGCCAUGAAAUAUUUGCGGAGGCGUAGUGUGCUUUGUUUGUGUUAGAUCUGUGAAUUGAAAUAUUUUAGAGUCUAUAGUGGUCUGAAUGUUUUUGGCACGUGUCAGAAAAAUUUCAGCUGAUCAUGUUUGGUUUUUUCCCCCGUUAACUUGCGUUUCGUGCGGGUUUGAGCUGAGGACAAAUUUACACAAUUUAAUUGCUAAGUUCGUCAAUGGCCCAUAUGCCGCGGUUUCUAAAAAAAACAUCUAUUAUAAUCUGUGUUCAACGAAUAUAUCAAUGUUGCUUGAACUGUGUCAGGCCGAAUUUUUCCCGAAACUCAAAAGGCAAAAGUCUAUUUAAAAAUUGUGUCAAUUUGUAACCGCGUAAUAUUAGGAACUUUUUAUCAUGAUGCGCAUGAAAAUAUGUGUUGUUGGUUUUGACAGCCUAUAAGUAUAAAACUACAAAUACAAAUAUAUUAAUUUUUCAAACAACUGCUUUAUCUUGUCAAAUUUUCUCAGCUAUAGCCUGGCUAUAUAGUAUUGAAGAAUAUGCCAAAAUUUGAUUUCUUCUACUCGGUCAAGAAGCCUAAUUAACUACAACUGCAUGGUUAUGUGAGCAUUUUUUUCUUCAAAAUUGGCACUCACACAGACAGUUCAAGAGUUCAAGCUCAAACCCGUACGAAACGCAAGUUAACGGGGAAAAAACCAAACAUGAUCAGCUGAAAUUUAUCUGACACGUGCCAAAAACAUUCAGACCACUAUAGACUCUAAAAUAUUUCAAUUCACAGAUCUAACACAAACAAAGCACACUAUACGCCUCCGCAAAUAUUUCAUGGCUGAUGUCUUUCUUUAAUAUCAUAAUGACCAUACAUGCAUGAGAUCUGCCAAAACAAUCUAUACUUGUAUUAGUAUAGGCAGGAUUUGUCGAUUAUAUGAUACUAGUAUAAUUGAAUUUUUUUGCUUUAAAUAAAGUAUGUUCGUGUUUCGUUGUUCCAUGGGGUUCAAUCGAUAUUAUCUUCAAUUGGAUUCAGCGCAUCAAGUCGCCUGACGGCUAUAACGAGCGAGAAACUGUGAGUUUGUAAUGGUUCCCGAUUCAAGACAGAUGCUAGCAGUAUAUACAAUGUAAGUUAUAUUUUGUCACUUUGCACUUUACAGUAUUACGUUUUUACUCCUAAUUUGAUUCUCGAAUCUUACUGCAACUACAAGACAGCGUCGACGAGUACUCGAUAUUUAUCAUGUUAAACAGCGUCAGUGAACUCAAUGCCAAUUCUUACAACCGGACCAUAUUUGAAUAUAUAGUCCCAAAUUUAAAUAUGGCAUUUGUUCGUCCAAUCAUUCGCAUUUUGGUGUCAUUUUUACAUUUUUGAUUGCGGUUUCGCUUUUAAAGCUUUGUUUUGAUUGAUAUAGACUCAGUUAUAGUUAACGCUUCUAAGACUGUCCGUCCAUUUACGAACUGUGUUCGAAGAAAAUAUUUCCCACCAUAUGGCAGUCGUUUAUAAACACGUUAAUAUCUAUCAUACUAGGUUUCAUAUAACUAUGGAGUUUUAUUUCAUUUAGCUGAAUUAUUCGCUUCAUAUUUGUACAAAUUGUCUGAGCCUUUUGACUCGCAAGCACUCGCAAUUUGCGAGUGGCGAGUGCUUGCAAGUGAGAUGAGAUGAAAUGCGAGUACUCGCGAGUAGCGAGUCAGAACGAGUACUCGCUAGUACUCGCUACGCACGAGUGGAGGUACCCUUACUCGCGACAGGUACUGUAAUAAAGGCUAAAGGUUAUAACGCGUGUACCUAAAAGGUAAAUAAAAUCUCGGCCUGUUAGGUACACACGCGUUAUAACCUGGAGCCUUCAUUUUAAAACUUUAUUAUAAUUGACAAUCUAGCCUUUAUUAUAAAACUUUAUUAUAAUCGACGAUCUGCUGUAGCCCUUAUUAUAUAAUUGAAGCUGACACCACAGCCUUUAAGCUUUCUCUUAGCUGUUAUAUUAUAGCCCGAGUUAGCAGUUUAUUAGUGAAGACAUUCUAUACCGCGAAUAUUUUACUGCUUUUGGUCGGAAAACCUCGGAAUCAGAAUGCAUAUUAAAACCGCGGUUAGCUUUUUGCCGAUGCGUGGGCUAAACCGCAAAAAAACCGCCCGAUAACCGCCCGAUAACCGCACGUUAACCGCACGUUGACCGCACGUUAACCGCCCGAUAACCGCAGGCUAACCGCAAAACGACCGCAACCGCAGUGUUAGGUUAAUUCUGAGCGGUACUGUAUGCUUGAAACACAAAAACACCGAAUACCACUAAGCUAGUGUCUUUGUAUGAUGAAUAUCAAUACAACCAGCUUAUUAAAGAACCGACUCAAGUAACUAAAUCCAGCAAAUCCCUUAUUGAUCAUAUCAUUACUACAGUGCCACAACGUAUACGAAAAAGUGGUGUCUGUCAUGUCAUCUGUCUAUUAGCGACCAUAACUUAAUAUAUGCAGUGCGCCGUAUGGUGAUGCCACGAGAGCGACCUCGAAUUAUCCAGGCUAGAAACUAUAAAUCUUUUGAUUUAAAUGCUUUUUCGAAGGACCUUGAGAAACUAUCAUGGGCAAUUAUAGAAAGCUUUAGUGAUCGAAAUGACAUGUGGCACACAUGGAAAACGUUGUUUAACAGCGUGUUAGACAACCAUGCACCAGUUAGGACCAAGCGUGUCAGAAACCUGGAUGUGCCCGAUCUUAAAAAAAUGAUGUUUCCUGUGGACUAUCUCAAAAAACGAGCCGCAAAAACUCAGUCUGAUUCUGCUUGGCGUGCGUACUGUACCAUGCGAAAUAGAGUAAACUAUGAAAUAAUAGCAAGCAAAAACAGUUAUUUCUCACAUAACCUUGAGAUUAACAAAGGAAAUUUGAAAGAAAACGUGGAAAUUGUUGAAUAG